UGCAAUUCUCUGCAGUCUCAAAUACAGUGGAAAGGUUGUGUUAGCCCGUCUAAAAUCACACUAAUACAGUAACUGUGUGUGCUUUAUUUGAAAUCCCCCAAAACACACCUCUACUAAGGUGAUUUGGGCUUGGCAAGAUGAGUUUGAACAUGUCCGAACUCUCUUUUCGCAUGCCGUAGGUCGUCACUUUAAAUAGCUAGAUCCCCGCCCCGCCCCUUACCUACCCAGUAUCCUACCAUCCCCAACACGCAGUCCCGUUGAACUAACCGGGCUGACGCCUUUUCUCUGUACAGCCAUUUAGUUUUCAAAGCUGGCAUAAAAGUAAACUAUAUAUUUUUGGGUUUGUGCACCUACUGAGCAUCUACCCAAGACGUGUAAUUUAACAGGAAAUCAAGCACAGAAAAGCCUUUUUGAUUUGAGAAUGCACAGACUAGGCGUCAGAGUUACCGGAUCAUACAGUCCUUGAUAGCGGAAUCCAGAUCGUUUUUCACCGAUCAACAGGUUGGAUCUUUGAUGCUUCGUCGACGGUGCACAACAGUGACACAAAGGGAGUGUACGGAGGUGUUUCAGAAACGGCAUUAAUCUGGUAUACCGCGGUGCCAUACCUGAGAAAAACACGGACAGGAUGCUUUCGUGGCUGAGUGAACUGGUAUGGCAGGACAGCUUGUGGUUCCCUGCUGGUAUGGGAUGGAAGGACCUGCAGGACAGGGACGGCGAGGUCUACGCGAAAGGACGAGACCUCUGGGUCAUCCUGCCCAUCGCGCUCUGCUUCCUGGUCAUCCGACAGGUUUUUGAGAGGACAGUGGCCAUGCAGCUGGCCUCGUUGCUGGGAAUAACGGAUAAAGUACGAGCCAGAGUGGCCCACAACUCCGUACUAGAGGCCUACUUCUCCUCAUCGUCAAAGCAGCCCUCACAGAGUUGUGUAGAGAGCCUCAGCAGACAGACUGGUCUGACUGGGCUCCAGGUCCAGAGGUGGUUCCGCCGGCGAAGGAACCAGGACCGUCCCAGCCAGCUCAAGAAGUUCUGCGAGGCUAGUUGGAGAUUUACUUUUUACCUUCUUGCUUUCUUUGCUGGCCUGGCAGUCCUGGUCGAUAAACCCUGGUUCUAUGAGAUGACUGAGAUGUGGAGGGGUUUCCCUAAAAUGCCUCUGCUGCCGUCGCAGUACUGGUACUACAUGAUCGAACUGGGCUUCUACAUCUCUCUGCUCUUUAGCGUGGCCUUCGACAUCAAGCGCAAAGAUUUUAAAGAGCAGAUAAUUCACCAUAUUGCUACCAUCAUUCUGAUUGGCUUCUCCUGGCUGGUUCACUACAUUCGGGCUGGUACUCUGAUAAUGCUAGUGCACGAUUCUUCAGACUGGCUGUUGGAGUCGGCCAAGAUGUUCAACUAUGCGGGUUGGAGGAAAACCUGCAACUACAUCUUCACCCUCUUCGCUGGCGUCUUCAUCGUGACACGCCUCAUCAUCCUCCCCUUCUGGAUCAUACACACUACGUGGGUGUACCCAGCCACCCUCUACCCCCCCUUCUUUGGAUACUACUUCUUCAAUGGCCUGAUGUUCGUGCUCCAGUGCCUGCAUAUCUUCUGGGCGGCCCUUAUACUGCGCAUGGUCGUCAAGUUCCUGCCGAACAACGAGAUCGUCGAGGACGAGCGGAGUGACAGGGAGGAGGCCGAAUCCGAGGAGGAGGACGAGGUCCACGAGAGGAGGGAGAAGUCCAAAAACGGCCAGGUGCAGAACGGCCAUGCUGCCAUCCUCAACAACAACCACCACUACCACAGCAAGGCGGAGUGACGCUGGGAUGGCGGAGCACGCACGCUGGCGCGGGACGCACAUUCUGUCCUGCCUGUGUUUCUGAUCCAGGAGGACUCACUUGGAAAGCAUGUCUAGUGCAAAUGGGAGGCACCACACACACACACAACGCUAAAUAGUAAGAAAAAAAAGAAAUAUGCACUUAGACUAAUUAGUCUCGCACAUAAACCUAAACCCUCCUUGUACGCCACCUAGUUUGCUGGCAUGUAUCACCGUUCUGUAAAUCACACUACAUGUAAUGAAAGGACAGGCAGGGUUGGACGGACUGUCCGGCGAGUUUUGCGGCAAAAUCUUCUCUUUUGUCCCUUCUCCUCUUCCGUUCUCUCGGUUACAAUGUCGCUCACCAGUCGCUAGCGUGCCUGCUCAAAGCAUUGUUGUUGUUCAUAACUGAAAAUGAAAUAUCGGGAUUUUGCGUUGUUGUUUAGCACAGGCAGGCUAAUCUUGUGUCUUUGGUGAUACUUGAUGAUCUGUUGCUAAACCAAAAACGCAAAAGGCCAAUACUUUUCAUUUCAAUUGAUCCACACUGAUGUCAAUGGCGUGAACUGUGCCAACCCCCCCACUGCCAAGACAGAGAGCAGGUGCUGUUUGGGAGGAACAGGGCUCAGUACAGGUCAGUGUUAGAAUCGCUGAAACAUAAAUUAGCUUGAAAGAAAGAUGGAACUGGUGUAAUGAGAACUUAUUUAACUGUAGAUCUUUAGUUGCCAUUGACGAUCAGCCCCGAACUGUGCCAGUGUUGAGUUCAAUUACGCUUGUUCUAUUUGGCAAUAAACAAUUACACUUUUUACUUUUUUUAGAAAAGGAAAAAAGUGUGGUAUGAAAGGUUUUGCUUCAGUCAUCUCUGAGUAAUGCAGUGAAUCCAGCUUGACUUUAUCUUACUUGUGUUCUUGUUAUGCUUUAGUUUAUCUGUUGUUUUAGUUUUAUGUUUUACUUAUGAGUGCGUCAAUCAUUUUCACCAGUCCGCAUUCACAGGGAUCACGGCUCUUCCUGUUCAGCCUUCAUCUUAAAUUCCACUUGACUGAGUGGGGUCGUCGGUCACUCCCUACAGACAUUCAUCCAUUCAAAUCAGUAUUCAUCCACCCUUUUAUUUAAAGAUGCACUUUCUGGGUUUCAAAUAUGUCUCAGAAUUGGCUGAACAUAGCCCUAAUCAUAGUGUCAACCGCAUUGCUUUGAGCUGCAGGAAGUGUAAUCGGAGUCUACGCUAUCUCUGCAUAAGUCCAUGUCCAUUUCUUUUUGAGAGAAAAAAAAUAAUAU